CCAAACCGAAAAAUGCUGGCUCUUUAUAAAAACACAGCUCACUCUUCUCUCUCUCAUCCUUUCGCUCUCUCACAUAAGAAGUAUCGACGUAGCAAAAAGGAAUAAAAAUAGCAAAAAACCAAACACCGCCUUGGAUUGGACGAUCUCCACGAAGCUGCGUUUUUCCUCUCCUUCCAUUCCUUAAAGAUUGAUAAUCCUCCCUUUUUCUCUUCUCCAACCUUUUCAACUCGUUUUCUCUUUGGAUCGUUCUUUCUUGCUCAUUCGAAAGAUCUCCGAUUCUCACCGUUUCUUUCAGUCACUCUCUGAGUUUGGAGGAAUCAAACUUUGUAGUAGGAGAUGGCUUCAAUAUCGUAUUCUCCUGCUGCAUUUACGGGAACUGCAGCUUCGGAUCUUCUUCGGAGCUCCAGUAACGGCGUGAGUGGCAUCCCUCUUAAAACCCUAGGGAAGGCGCGUUUUACCGUGAAAGGGAGAGAUGCAACUGUAGCUGCGAAGAUGAGGAAAGUGAAGAAGCACGAAUACCCGUGGCCUGCAGAUCCGGAUCCGAAUGUGAAAGGCGGGGUCCUAACUCAUCUCUCCGCUUUCAAGCCAUUGAAAGAAAAGCAAAAGCCUGUUACUUUGGAUUUUGAGAAGCCUCUUGUUGCUUUAGAGAAGAAGAUUAUCGACGUGAGGAGGAUGGCAAAUGAAACUGGUUUGGAUUUCAGCGAUCAGAUUAUAUCUUUAGAGAAUAAAUAUCAACAGGCUCUAAAGGACUUAUACACACAUCUGACCCCUAUACAACGUGUGAACAUUGCUCGGCACCCUAACAGACCUACAUUCCUUGAUCAUGUGUUUAGCAUUACUGAUAAGUUUGUGGAACUUCAUGGAGAUCGAGCAGGGUAUGAUGAUCCUGCUGUUGUUACUGGUAUAGGAACCAUAGAUGGUAGGAGGUACAUGUUUAUGGGUCACCAAAAGGGUAGAAAUACUAAAGAGAAUAUUCAGCGUAACUUUGGAAUGCCAACUCCCCAUGGUUACAGGAAGGCUCUACGCAUGAUGUAUUAUGCAGAUCACCAUGGGUUCCCUAUAGUUACUUUUAUUGACACUCCUGGGGCAUUUGCAGACCUUAAAUCUGAGGAACUGGGUCAAGGUGAAGCUAUUGCCCAUAAUUUGAGGACCAUGUUUGGUCUGAAGGUCCCAAUCAUUUCUAUUGUUAUUGGGGAAGGUGGCUCUGGUGGUGCCUUGGCCAUUGGCUGUGCUAAUAAGUUGUUAAUGCUGGAAAAUGCAGUCUUUUAUGUUGCCAGUCCGGAAGCAUGUGCCGCAAUUUUAUGGAAGAGCGCCAAAGCUUCUCCAAAGGCAGCCGAGAAGCUGAGGAUUACUGCCACAGAGUUGUCCAAGCUAAAAAUCUGUGAUGGAAUCAUUCCUGAGCCACUGGGUGGUGCCCAUGCAGAUCCAGCUUGGACUUCACAACAAAUAAAAGCCACAAUUAAUGAAACUAUGGAUGAGCUCACAGCCAUGGACACAGAAAAGCUACUAAAGCAUCGCAUGCUUAAGUUCAGGAAACUGGGUGGGUUCCAAGAAGGUGUCCCAGUAGAUCCCAAGAAAAAGGUCAAUAUGAAAAAGAAAGAAGAAACUGUUGGUAGAACCUCCAAGGCAGAGUUGGAGGGUGAGGUUGAAAAACUGAAACAACAAAUCUUGAAAGCCAAGGAAUCAUCCACCAAGCCUCCUGAGUUGGCUCUAAAGGACAUGAUAGAAAAGUUGAAAAAGGAGGUUGAUCAUGAGUACUCUGAGGCUGUCAAAGCCAUGGGCUUGAAGGACAGGCUUGCAAUGCUGAGAGAAGAAGUUUCAAAAGUAAGUUCAAAGGACCAGCUCAUGAAUCCUGUUAUUAUGGAUAAGAUUGAGAAGCUUAAACGUGAGUUCAAUCAGGGUCUGGCAGCAGCUCCAAAUUACACAACCCUCAAAUAUAAGCUUGAUAUGUUGAAGGAGUUUUCUAAAGCCAAGAGUCUCUCGGAGGCUGCUACGCUGAAGCAGGAAGUCAAUAAGAAAUUCAAUGAAGUCAUGGGUCGGCCAGAGAUAAAUGAGAAGUUUGAAGCGUUAAAGGCUGAGGUUCAAAAUUCUGGGGCAUCCAGCUUUGUGGAUUUAGAUCAAGGGUUGAAGGACAAAAUUCUGAAUAUGAAGAAAGAGGUAGAAUUGGAAAUCAUUAAUGCUCUUGAGUCCUUGGGUUUGGAUGUUGAGGUAGUAAAAUCCAAUGCGAAAGUCCUAGGUGAUCAGGCUUCGCUCUCAGUCUUUAAAGAUAAGGUGGAAUAUUUGAAUGAAGAAAUUAACAAGAAAAUUGAAAAUGUUGUCCACUCAUCGGAGUUGAAAAAUAUGAUGGAGUCGUUGAAGCUGGAGAUAGCAAAGGCAGGAAAGACACCUAAUAUUGAAUCAAAAAGUAAGAUCAAGGCUCUAGAACAACAGAUCAAGCAAAGACUUUCAGAAGCUAUCAGCUCCUCAGAAUUGAAGGGGAAGCAUGAAGAGUUGAAGGCAGAAAUUUCUGAAGCUAUACAAUCUUCUGGGGGAACUGAUGGAAGUUUGCAAAAGGAAACCAAGUAUGAGGAACCUAGAGUAGAGAUCAAUUUGGGUGCAAACCGCAGCUUUGCUUAGUGAUCUUGGUUCUUUCAUAAUGUUAGUGGUGUAGAGAUGGUGUAGAAAGAGAUGGUGUUUCAAGUUUGAAGAAUUAGAAUUGCAUCGAAGUUCUUCCAGAGAGAAUUAUUCAACCGUGAGCCUUGCAAGUGCCAUUGAGUCCUCCACUCUCCCCUGCAGGCUAAGAGGGCAAAAGGUUUUGCUUCUAUGAAGAAACUGAUUGGCAAUUUCCCACAAUUAUUGCUCUUGCUCCCCUUUUAUUUAAGCUGAAACUCUCCAUUUUGAAUUAGGUUGUUAAAUUUUUCGUUUGGGUGUUUGCUUUCUUUCCUUCUAUUUAUUGGUAGAAUGUGUUUCCCUUUCACUGAUAAACAAAGAACACUGUAUAGCUUGUGUGAGCAGCUAGGGGAAGCCAUUGGCAUGCUUCCAAACAUCAGGAAUAACAUACUAUUCUCUUUUUGUCCCCCUCA